UCCCAUCAAAUCUAUUAAAAGAACAUAUUAGGUUGGAAAAUCAUUGUACUGACUUCCAGGGGAUUUAAGAACCUGCAGCACAAAUGGAGGAUGUGUAUUUUAAUAUAUAACACACAUGACUGCAGAAAAAAUGUCACCAUCAAAGGGACAGUGUACUCUGUUUUUUUUUCCUUUUAAUAUGUUUCCAAUGAUCUAUUUUACUUGCUUGAGUGUAUUAAAUUGUUGCCGGUUGUAUCCCCACCUAUUCUGAAAAUGUCAGUACAUAAGUACUGGUUAUAGAAAAGCUAUGUAAAUGAGAUGUAGAAAUCACUCUCCCAGUGGGGAGGGGGGGGGUAGGUUAGAGAUACUAAAUGUUUAUUUUCAAUAGUUUUCUCUAAGGGCCUUUUGAUCUAAAACUCUCCACUCUGGCGAGAUUAUCUGAGGUAUUGUCAGUAUGGCUAGGUCCCUAAAUAAGUUUAGAAAGGCACAUUUUAGCUCAAGAGAAUUUUUGUAACUAUUUUGGAUGUGAAGAACAGAUAACUACAUUACAAUAUAGUGCUAAAAAAAAGCCCCCAAAGAUUUUGCUUGAUUUCUCUCCAUGCUGGCGUUUUUUUGAUCAUUGGGCCCUAAGUAUGUGUUUAAAGUGGGAGAUAAGUUAGGAAGAAUUGUGUGUGUGUGUGUGUGUGUAUAUAUAUAUAUAUAGAGAGAGAGAGAUAGAGGUCUGCACUGUGUCUGCAAGCUCAGCCCAUUUGAGAGUACACUGUGCCUUUUUUAAAGGAAUUUUACAAAGGUAAAAGUCACAGACCCACACAAAUAGGUCAAUCACUAUACUUUAUAAAAUGCAUCAAAUGAUUUAGCUACAAAAAUAGACUUUAAGGUGAUUUUCUGUUGAAAAUAAUUAGAUCUGUUGUUCUUGUUGAAGGGACAUUCCAGUCAAAAUAUAAAUGCACAUAGAUUUAUUAGAAACAUAUUUGCAAUAUAUAUGUAUUGGCAAAAUGCUUCUAGUAAGAGUUAACAUUUUUCUCUGCACGUGCAUGUGAAGCAUUGCUAGAUAUUGUCACUGCACCCACAUUUUAAAUAAUGCAGCUGCUUAGAUAAUCAGUGGGGCUUGUAUAAUGUCCUCAAUUAACAAAUUGAGUCAUUACCAGAUAGUACAAGCACCUUAGGCUCUCUGAACAAGUGUUGUGUUUAAAAUGCUGGUGCACGGUGCAUACUUAAAUACACUUUUGAAACAGCUAUAGCUUUUAUUAGACGCAUAUUUGCUAAUGUAUGUAUAUUACAAAAUUGCUUCUGUUCAAUACUGAAAUGCACCCAUGGGGUUUCCAAUUUUGGCUGGAAUAUCCCUUUAAGGCUUUUGAUUGACCCCAUAGUUAUUUGUUAUAUUUGUUUUGUUUAUAUAUUUUUUUUUUGCAGACAUUUUUAAUAUCUCAGUGCAAUUUGAUUUAUAUAAAUGGAGUUUAGUGACAGCAUCAUUUUACUGUAUUACUUAAAUUUGGAAAAGUCAUGCUUUUUAUUGCUUGUUGUUAUAGUGUGUUACUGAUCAUUAAAGGGAUAAACAAUAAUUCAAACUGUGUACCUUUCAUGAUUCAGAUAAAGCAUGCAGUUUUAAACAAAUUCACAAUUAAAGGGACAUUAAGCUGCUGGGAAUACGUACAGUAUAAUGGUUACUACUUACCAUAUUAUUGUAUUUUCUCCUGUACCUGCAGCUCUGUUAUCUUAAAAGACGCUGCAGAAUCUGUUGGCGCUCUACAAAUAACUGAUAAUAAUAAUAAUCUUAUUUUAACGCUCUGCAUCUUAUACUGGGCGCCGCCAUCUUGUAGCUCAUGUACUGUUAUAUUCUGUGACAGCGCUACAUUUCACUUCAGUUUAACUCACAUAAUAAAGAGCUGAAGUGUUACAUUUUUGCAGUUUUUUUGCGCAGUUGAAACUUUAAAUAACAAAUAUAAGCUCCAAGAUGGCGGCGCCCUGUGUGAAGAUGGAGAACUUCACCAAGUAAAAUUUGUAAGAUAUUGUAGUUGUAUUCAACAGUUUAAUGACCCUUUUAACUUAUAUUCUUACUUCAUUCUCUUGAUAUCCUUUGUCAAAAGCUUAUUUAGGUAGGCUCAGAAGCAGCAAUGUGCUGCUGGGAGCUAGAUACUGAUUGGUGGCUGCCCAUAUAUAUGCUACUUGUCAUUGGCACACUCUGUGUUCAGCUAGCUCCCAGUAGUGCAUUGCUGCUCCUUCAGCAAAGAAUACCAAGAGAAUGAAGUAAAUUUGAUAAUAGAAGUAAACUGGAAAGUUUUUUAAAAUUGUAUUCUCUAUCUGAAUCAUGAAAGAAAAAAAAUUGGGUUUCAUAUCCCUUUAAGAAGUGUUACCGAUAUAUAAUUUUAUUCAUGAUUUUUCAUUUUAAAGAUUUUGUGAUCGUUGUUUUAAACUAAAAAUAUUUAUAGCAUUAUCUAUCAUUAAUGUAAUAGUGAUUUAACGAACAACAAAUAUGUAUUGCUGCUAUUUAAAGGGACAGUAAACAAACAAAAUAUUUUAUCAGCAUGAGCUUUUUAUUAAAUUAACCUCACAAUUGGUGCAUAUUUAUUCACUACUCAACCUUCCUAUCUUCUUUCUGCUUUUUUCCCCCCUGCUUAAAUGAGCAUUAAUGACAAAUUUUAUGCAUUGGGAAUUUAUUAAAAUAAACGUUUAAAAAAAAAAAGCAUUUUAAAGUGUAAUUUUGUUUAAAAAAAAAUAUGCACUUUAUUGGAAUGCCAAGACACACUCUUUGGAAAGCCACUUAAAUGUUAUCCCCCUCACCACCUGCACUGCUCAUUAGCCCAUCUCUCUUAAGCUCACUUUACUUUUGUAUUCAUGAACUUGACACAUUCCUAAAGACUCUCUCUCCCCCUCGCACCACAUCCCAAAAACAGUCUAAUUAUUGCUAAUCUGCAUUUCAUAUUAUGUCACUCUCCCUCUUGCUCAUACUAGCUGCUGGUGACAUCUCUCCUAAUCCUGGUCCCCCACAACUUCAUAGCCUUGCACACCCAUGUGUGCCUUUCAAUAAACUUCAAAAACAAAACUCUGGUAACCUUAAUCUCAUUACAGUUGCUUCUAAAGCCACCACCCCCUUCACUUGUGUACUCUGGAACUCUCACUCUGCAACAAGCUCACUUCUAUCCAUGACCUCUUUAUUUCCCACUCUCUCAAUCUUCUGACAGAAACCUGUCUCUCUGCUUCAGACACAGCUUCCGCUGCUGCACUGUCACAUGGGGGUCUUCACUUCAGCCACACACCUAGGUCUGAUAAUAGACAAGGAGGUGGUGUUGGAAUUUUACUUUCCUCUCGUUGAACCUUUAAACAAAUACAGCCCUUCUCUUCCCUCACAUUUUCUAUAUUUGAAACACACCCGCUUCGCUUAUUCUCUCCCCUCUCUAUACGUGUUUUAGUCAUAUACCGCCCCCCUGGCUCAUCAACUUUAUUUCUAGAUUCAAUUUGCUUCCUGGCUACCUUAUUUCAUUUCCUCAGACACCCCUGCCCUCAUUCUUGGCGACUUCAACCUCCCUGUUGACAAUCCCACUGCCUCCUCUACAAUUUGUGAAACUCACUUCCUCUUUCGGCCUGUCUCAAUGGACUGACUCUCCCACUCACAAAGAUGGUCACUUCCUUGAUCUGAUUUUCAGCUAUUGAUGCACUAUCUCAAACUUCACAAACUCCCCUUUUCCUCUUUCUGACUAUCAUCUCCUCACUUGUAACAUCACAUCCCUCCUUCUACCCCUCACACCAAACUUCACAGAAGCAUCAAGUCAUUAGAUCAGCAACAGCUCGCUAGCUCUCUCGAACCUCUCCUCUCUUCCAUCCCCUCCUUUUCCUGCCCUGAUAAAUCUAUCUGCCACUACAACUCCACCCUUACAUCGGUCAUUGAUAUUCUGGCCCCACAUACCAUAGCUCGGAAAUCAUACACUCAUCCUCAGCCCUGGCAUACUCCUCUGACACGGUACCUACGCAGACGUUCCCGUACUGCUGAGCGACACUGGAGAAAAUCUUGGAGUUCAGCUGACUUUCUUCACUACAAGUUAAUCUUGAACUCUUACUAUUUUGCCCUUUAUCUAUAUAAGUAACAUUACUUCCCCACUCUUAUCUCUACUCUUUCUUAAAACACAAAACGUCUGUUCUCCACGUUAAAUACUUUUCUCCGACUGCCCACCCACCUCCUACUACAACUUCUCUCUCAGCUCAAGAUUUUGCCAGCUACUUCAAUAACAAAAUCAACUCCAUCAGAAAUUAAAUCAGCUGUCAACAUGCUACCGAUCUCACACCCCCUCAAAACCUCACAAUCAUCCAAAACCCACAUAGCCAUAAAUUUAGCUCUUUUGCCCCUGUUACAGAGGAUGAAGUUUCUGACCUUUAUACUAUCCUCUCAACUAACUACCUGUCCCCUCAACCCUAUCCCCUCACAGCUACUUCCCUCCCUGUCUUCUACCCUUACCCCUAUACUCACACGCAUCUUCAACCUCUCCCUCAGCAUUGGUAUAGUUCCCAAAUCUCUUAAAGAUGCAUUAGUCACACCUAUCCUCAACAAACCUCUCGAUCCAAGCUCCCUAUCCACCUACCACACUAUUUCCCUACUCCCUCUUGCCUCGAAGUUUCUCGAAAAGCUAGUAUAUGCACGUCUAUCCUAUUUCCUUACAUUAAACUCCCUCCUUGACCCACCGCAAUCUGGAUUUCGCCCCAUCACUCCACAGAUACAGUAAUUGUUAAGGUUACCAAUGACCUACUUACAGCAAAAUCCAAAGGCCCCUUCUCUCUGCUUAUCCUCCUUGAUCUGUCUGCGGCCUUUGAUACUGUCGACCACCCUCUCUUGCUCCAAACCCUCCAAUCCUUCGGCAUUUGCGACACAGCUCACUCUUGGUUCUCUUCCUAUCGGUCUAACCAUACCUUUAGUGUAGCCUUCUCUGGGGCAUCCUCUGCCCCAUUUGCACUUUCUGUUGGGGUACCGCAAGGCUCUGUCCUCGAUCCCCUUCUAUUCUCAAUCUACAUGUCAUCAUUAGGUUCCUUAAUAAAGUCCCACAGGUUUCAAUAUCAUUUGUAUGCCGAUGACGCUUAAAUCUACCUCUCGUCACCAGACCUAUCUUCUUCCUUGCAAACCACAUGUCACUGUCUUUCUUGUAGAUCAUUUUGGAUGUUUUCUCACUACCUUAAGCGAAAUCUCUCCAAAACUGAGCUCCUUAUUUUCCCCCCUUUUUCAAAAAUCUCCACCCCCAACUUCUCUAUAACUGUCGAUAACUCCAUCAUUACCCCUACCCCACAUGCUCGAUGUCUUGACUCAGAUCUUUCUUUCACUCCUCACAUUCAGUCCUUGGCUAAAGCCUGCUGCUUCCACCUUAAAAACAUCUCUAAAAUUUUCCUUGCACAAGACACAACUAAGAUUUGAUUCCACUCUCUCAUCCUUUCCUGCCUCGACUGCUGCAACUCUGUCCUCUCUGGUCUUCCUAGCUACCGCCUAGCUCCUUUACAAUCCAUAAUAAAUGCCUCUGCCAGGUUCAUCUUCCUUACACAUCGCUCUUCAUCUGUUGCACCUCUCUGCCAAUCCCUUCACUGGCUUCCUCUUGCCUCCAGGCUUAAAUAUAAAAUUCUCACUCUGACAUACAAAGCCCUCAGCUACACUGCUCUCCCCUACAUCUCAGACCUUGAGGCCUAUUUAUGAAAUGUCUGUCGGACCUGAUCCGACAGUGCGGAUCAGGUCCGACAGACAUCGCUGAAUGCGGAGAGCAAUACGCUCUCCAUAUUCAGCAUUGCACCAGCAGCUCUUGUGAGCUGCUGGUGCAACGCCGCCCCCUGCAGACUUGCGGCCAAUCGGCCGCCAGCAGGCGGGUGUCAAUAAACCCGAUCAAACUCGAUCUGGUUGAAUUCCAGCGAUUCCUGUCCGCCUCAUCAGAUCAGGCAGACAGGGUUAUGGAGCAGCGGUCUUUAGACCGCUGCUUCAUAACUGCUGUUUCUGGCGAGUCUGCAGGCUCACCAGAAACACAGGGCGUCAAGCUCCAUUAGGAGCUUGAUAGAUAGGCCCCAUAGUCUCCAGAUACUCUCCCUCCUGACCCCUUUGCUCUGCUUACAAUCUCCUACUCUCCUCCUCUCUUGUUACCUCCUCACAUUCCCAUUUACAAGACUUCUCCAGACUGGCUCCCAUCUUGUGAAACUCUCUGCCUUGCUUUACAAGACUCUCUCCUAGUUUUGAAAGCUUUAAGCACUCCCUAAAGACUGUACUAUUCAGGGAUGCAUACAACCUACACUAACCUUUCCUAACUCUAUUGCUAUCCCCUUGAACCCCUUAGCAUGUAAGUCUAUGAGCCCAGCUGUUUGUAGAUCACCUUCAUAAGAGUCGACUACAACAGUGCAACUCUCGGCAGGGCCCUCUACCUAUUUGAUCCCUAUAAAUGUUACCUUGUAUACCACCUAUGUUUAUAGCGCUGCAGAAUCUGUUGGCGCUCUACAAUUCCUGAUAAGAAUACUGUGUUAUUCAGUUUGCUGUGGCCAAUUAGGGAAAUAUAUAAAUUAUUUUCUGCACGUGUCAACCAACCACUGUGCAGUUUGUAGAAGUGUCGGGGUUCUGCAUUCUACAGAAUGCCCUCCAGGCAGGGAGUAGAAGCAAUACAAUUAAAUUGCAGGAGAAGCAGGCAAAAUAAAUAAUGAGUGCAUAAUUAAAUAUUUUGGGAGCAAUGGAAUUUUUAUAUUUAAAAAUGUCAAACGAGGGUACAGCCAGUCAAAGGUUCAUCUUGCAGAACUGGCGCUGCGGGAUGAACCAAACGCCGGGUUCAUGAGUUACAAAUGAAGCUUUAUUAAAAACAAGUCUAACAUAAUACUAAGUAGGGGCAGGUGAUAACUUCUGAUUGGCUGUAUAGUCUGCUGACCUUUUUUCCCCCUCAAAUCCUUUUUAUUGAUAGAGAAACAGCAAUCAACAGAGAAUCACAAAUUACAUACAUGUGGUGUCAUGGUUCGCAGACCAUUAAAUAUACAGCAAGCUGGCAUGGUAUGGGCAUUCCCAUUAUGACAAGUCAAAAGUCAUCACCCUUCUAGAUAUAUAUGAAUGACAUUGGAAGGACCUUCACAAUGAGUAUUGAAAUUAUGUAUAUGUUGGAGAUAAUAAAGUUGAGGAAAAUUGUUGUAACUCCAUCUCAAAUUUUCAAAUAAUACUAUAAACCUUUACUUAUAUAACAUUACAACAAUUAACAUCUUAGUAACGGGGUAGAGCAAAGGGAGAGAGAUGAAAAAAAGGGAGGAUGGUUCCACCUCUUACCCUUGAAUGGUUAGUGAUGUAUGAUGAGGUGAGGUGUCAAAAUAGCAUUUCUUCUGAGAGUGUUUUAUUAGUUUGGUUCCCUGACAAUGCAGUUAGGGUUUGAAGGCAUCAAUUCAUGAUGGAUAAAUAGUUUAAGGAUUUGUUGUUGUAGAGAGGGGGGCCAAGUGUAGUUAUGAGGGGUUGCCAUUUGUUUAGAAACGGCUGAAGUCGGUGUUUUGUUUGACAUUGUGUUGUCCGAUAAAAAGUUGCUUUAGUAAGAUUUGUUUAAAUUGAGCUAUGGUUGGUAUUUGUGUAGCGAUCCAUUUACUUAGAAUGCAGUGCCUUUCUAAUAAUGAACAUAAAGUGAGGAUUUUAUGGAGUUUUUUUUUUUAUAUGAGUUGUCCCAUAGAAAGAGAUAUAUUUUGUCUGUAUCAAUCUUGAUGUCCAAAGUGAAGGUAGAUUUUAUCCAAUAUUGGUAAUAGCCUGCUGAUCAUUUUAAGACAAAAAAGCCUUAAAUGAAUGAGUAAAUUGGAUAGUUAAAGGGGCAUAAAAACACACAAUUUUCCGUUCAUGAUUCGGAUAGAACAUACAAUUUUGUGCAAAUCCAGAUCUUAGUGUGUGGUUCCGAAAAGAGCUGAAUGCGAUGAGCAGCUGCCACCGAAGCAUUUGAAUGCACACUCCUAAUUUUAAACAACUUUUUAAUUAAUUUCUAUUAUUAAUUUUGCUUUAUUCUCUUGGUAUCCUUUUGGUAAAGAAGCAGCAAUAUACCACUGGGAGUUAGCUGAACACAUUGGUAAGCCAAUGACAAGAGGCAUAUAUGUGCAGCCACCAAUUAGCAGCCUGCUUCUGGGCCUACCUAGGUAUGCUUUUCAAAGGAUACCAAGAGAACUAAGCAAAUUAGAUAGAAUUACAUUGAAAGUGGUUUAAAAUGGUAUGCUCUGUCUGAAUCAUGAAAGAAACAUUUUGGGUUUCAUGUCCCUUUAAGUAAAUAUGAAACAAUGGGGAGGGGUUUACAUUUAAAGUAAAAAAAAAAAAAUCUGUAUAAAGUUGCUCUUCUCACUGCAUUUGAAGCAGUAGAUAAAAUAUUUACAUUUACUGUUCCUUUAACUACCAGAACUGUGUCAAGCAUUUUGCAGGCCUCCGGCGACAAGAAGGCUUACGCAGCUCGCGUCAGAUAUGAUGCACUAUCCAUGUCCCCAGAUGGGAUAUCAGAUUACUGUACAGGACUGAGAGCCAUAAUCCUAUUAACACUGAACCCAAUAAAUCCAGUCACAUAGGUGGAGUGGAUCAGAGUUUUCCCACUAGGGAGUGCAUGAAAGGGCUGCUCACCAUUUAGAACUGCUGCUGGAUAUGUAAAACCACUUUGUAUUGGGUGGUUCACAAACUCCCCCAGACAGCUGGCAUCACCAGGACUUUUACCCAUCUGCUGAAAUAUUUGGAGCAGGAACAUAGUCACAAUGAACCUAGAACCUGCAAAGUCAGAACUCAAGUCAGCCACUCGUGUAACAGGGGGACCAGCCACCCCCAGGAAAGGACCACCCAAAUUUAAGCAGCGACAAACCAGGCAGUUCAAAAGCAAACCCCCUAAAAAAGGAGUGCAAGGAUUUGGAGAUGAUAUCCCUGGGAUGGAGGGGCUUGGAACAGACAUCACCGUUAUUUGCCCCUGGGAAGCCUUCAACCACCUGGAACUACACGAGCUGGCCCAGUAUGGCAUCAUUUAGCAAGCUCCCCAUCUUGCUUCUCCUGCCACUCUCCUUGCCCAUGGCUAUAUCAAUGGCCAUUCAUUACAGGGGAGGUGUUUCACUCUUCGGCUCUUUCUUGUUCUGGGGUUCAUGAACCAGUCUGUCAGCUUUCUGCUCUGGUACCAUCCCAGCUAAAUAGAAUGCUGUACGGAAACGUACUCCAGACGCAAUUUGUUUGAUAGCUCUUUGACUUCAUUGUGUUACAAUAAAAUCUUCAGAAAGAGGUUUCAUUUAUAAUCCUAUCAAUUUGUAGUAAAUACCACUAACCCAUCAUCUUACAUCGCCAACAGAUCCCAGUGUGCAGUGACAUAGCCCUAUUUCCUUUUAUAAUCAAUGAUCCAUGAAUGUCAUUUUUGCCCAGUUUUAUCUUGUUGAUAAGUGAUACGAUUAUUUUCUAGCAUACGUCGUAUACUGAUCUAGAGAGCGUAAUGCCCAUUCAAACAUAUAGCUUUAUUUAACCAUUGUAUCUCAGUGCUAAUCCUAUUACAUAUAACCUCUUUACUAAUACUCUUGUAAAACAAUGACCUUUAACCAUGGUAGUGAGACAUACUAGGAUAAAGGAUUCCUGUUGAUAAUAAAGACAAAACAGAUGAUAA